GUUUGCCGCACUUCCGCAUUCUGGGAGGGGAAGAAGAAGAGGACCCGCAGGAAUCUUAGGUUUUAUUCUGCUUCAAUGAAAUAGCAUCCCCCUUCAUGUUUAUACGUCAUUGUUUACAUUAAGAAGAUCCCUCCACCACCCUCAAUAUAGCAGAUUGUAAGGAUGGAAUUUGUGGAGUUGAUAAAGACCCCACGGGUGGAUAAUGUUGUCCUGCAUCGGCCCUUCAUGUCAAAGGUGGAGGGGACGCUCUGUCUAACCGGCCACCACCUCAUCCUCUCCUCUCGUCAGGACAGUAGCGAGGAGCUGUGGCUGCUGCACUCCAACAUAGACUCCAUCGAGAAGAGGUUUGUGGGCACAUUAGGAACAGUUAUUAUAAAAUGUAAAGACCUGAGGAUAAUUCAGCUGGAUAUUCCUGGCAUGGAGGAAUGUUUAAACAUUACAAGUUCUAUUGAAGCACUAUCUACUCUGGAUUCAGUCACCCUCAUGUACCCGUUCUUCUAUCGGCCCAUGUUUGAGUUGAUUGAGGAUGGAUGGAAUAUGUUCCUUCCUGAACAAUCGUUUAAGCAAAUUGAGUCAUUGACUGACGAGUGGAGAUUGAGCUAUGUGAAUGAGGACUUCAGUGUCUGCCCCUCUUACCCCCCCGUUCUGGCCGUGCCCAAGUCCACUGACGACGAGACAAUCCGGAAAGUCGCCACCUUCAGGCAUGCUGGCCGCUUCCCUGUUCUCAGUUACUACCAUAAGAAGAACGGCAUGGUCAUGAUGCGGAGUGGGCAGCCUCUCACAGGCAGCAAUGGGCGGCGCUGUAAAGAGGACGAGCAACUGAUUAACGCCACCCUGCGGGCAGGAAAGCGUGGUUACAUCAUCGACACCCGCUCAAUUAACGUGGCACAGCAGGCCAAAGCCAGGGGAGGGGGCUUUGAACUGGAGGCCCAUUACCCACAGUGGAGGAGGAUCCACAAGUCGAUUGAAAGGUCUAAUAUUCUACAGGAGGGCUUGAUUAAGCUAGUAGAAGCCUGUAAUGACCAGUCUCACAAUAUGGACCGCUGGCUUAGCAAGCUGGAGGCCUCCAAUUGGCUGUCCAACAUCAAGGAAAUACUCACCACAGCCUGCCUCGCUGCACAGUGCAUUGACAGGGAGGGGGCCUCGGUGCUGGUCCAUGGAACUGAGGGGACAGACUCCACACUACAGGUGACCUCGCUGGCACAGAUCAUUCUCGAUCCGACCAGCAGGACAAUCCGCGGCUUUGAGUCUCUUGUGGAGAGAGAGUGGCUGCAGGCAGGCCACCCUUUCCAGCAGCGCUGUUCUCAGUCUGCCUACUUCAACAGCAAGCCUAAGUGGGAGGCGCCCGUUUUCCUGCUCUUCCUGGACUGUGUCUGGCAGAUCUUGCGUCAGUUCCCAUGCUCCUUCCAGUUCAAUGAGCAUUUCCUCAUCCUUCUCUUUGAGCAUGCCUAUGCCUCCCAGUUUGGCACCUUUUUGGGGAACAACGCCUUUGAGAGGAGAAAGCUGAAGUUGCCACAGAAGACAGUGUCGCUGUGGUCCUGGGUGAACCGGCCCCAGGAGACAGAGAUGUUUCUAAACCCCCUGUUUGAAGCCAACAGCCUGGUGAUCUGGCCCUCUGUUUCCCCACAGAGCCUACUGCUCUGGGAGGGUGUGUUCCUGCGCUGGAACCGCAGUUCCAAGUGCCUGGAUGAAGCGUAUGAAGAGAUGAUCCGCAUAAUUGAACACAACAAGGAGCUGCAGAGUAAGUUGAAUACACUGCGCAGGCAGCUGGCUGAACUAGAGACUGAGGAUGUGCAACUGGAGACCCCAUAAACCAUGACAGAGGUGUUGGCCAGCAGCUCUCAAUUCUUCAUUUAAAGUACACUAGGAUCUCCCCCUUCCCCUUACAAAAUACCAGAAAGAGAUGCACAGGGACUUCCUUCCAGUAAGAAAGAGCUUGAGCAACCUUUUCCUCAGUCCAUGAAAUUCAAAAUGAAAACAGAAUUCAUGUUGUUCCCCUCUCCGUUGGAAGGUUAAAUAGAUUUCUAAUGAUACUGUAUUAUAAACGGUCGUUGGCAAAUUCUCAUUUUCCUUGCAAUACAGUGUGUGACCUUGAGCAGGUCUCUUUCCUUGUGUCUCAUCCAGAUAUCAAAUUCAAACUGAAUAAGAAAAAAAUCUGUAAAAAAAAUAGUUUGGGGAGAAUAUUCAUACAUUUCUAAAUGAAGUUAAGUUAAAAACAAAUGUGCAACAUUAUAGUAGAAUAUUACACGGACAGAUCUCAGAAGCACAGUCCUUCAAGUUUUUUGCAUCACUGGCUUGUGUUGUUUUUAUUAGAGGGAUAUAGUUUGAUAAGCUUUGGGGUUAGAAACACUAAGAGUGAACUAACAUAACAAGCUGGUCAAGCUGUACUCUUUACAAUUGUUACAGGUUAAAAUUGAUUUAUACAUCUGGACUAUAAGAGCAAGGAUACAGAAAAUACAUUAUUAUAGACUUUGGACUCUGCAAGAAUUAACAUUUUAGAAAUUAGGAAGUAAUAAUUUUACAAAUAGUGGAUGAUGACCUGCGUUGCAGUUGGAACAAGGCGUUUUUGUAAGACCAGUUAUGAACGCACUUGUACGCAUUGGUUGGAAUUCACUGCUGCCAGAUGAGUACAAAGAAUCCAGAAUGUUGGAUUAAUUAAGGUUCUGCCCACAUUUAAAUUAUUUAAGUUGGAACGUGCUUUAAUAUGUUUGUAAAACACUCCAGUUACUGUACAUGAGCACAGGUGUAGUACCUUUGCUGUGCAAACACUGAUUUCACUACGGUGUCUUGAAGAAAGAUUUUGUGAGCCAAUAUCAUAAAGACACUAAUUAUUAUUAUUAACAAUGUGCUUAACUGCCAUUAUGCUCCAUUGCUUUCAGUUUGAAUUUAAAACCAAACCAGGCUGAUGGGCAGUAAAAUCAUCCUGGAGAGCAAGCGUUUAAACUCCAAAGUUCAAUCCUUAAUUCGUGAAAGUGUAUUCACUGUUAUUUCAGAAAACUUGACACUGCGGGGAAAUGGGGAUAUUUUGGAUUUCCCCAUUUAGAAAUUAUUACAAAUGAAGUGUCAAACAAAUAAGUACCCUAAAACUUUGUCAUCCUAUUAGCAUGUGUGAUGAGCGGAUUGAGGGUAAGCCCUAAUGUUCUAAAGCUGAUUCUUUUUGUUUUUUGUUUUACUGUAUGCAUCUACCGGACGUAUGGUCAUUCUAUUCCAGUUUUUUUCUUUAAGUCUUUGUUUAAAGUCAUUACAUUUCCAUCCAAAAGCAUACAGUGUUUGCAAAUAGUGUUAGCCUUUAUAUUCCAUUAACAUGCUGAAGAGAGAUGAGUACAGCAUUUUUUAAUGGUUAGUGGAUGUGUCAUACGUGUAGAUUUUAAAAUCAUAAAUACAUUUAAAAAGUGAUGUUGGUGUACUCGGGACCACUGUAGAAACGACUCAUCCGUUACAGUAUUUAAUUAUUAUUUGCGCCUUAAGAAUGUUUAAUAGAAAUGUGUUUAGUUGUUGCUGUUUUAAAAUCAUGUGUUUUGUGUUCUGUGACGUGUUGCAACAGCUCUAAAGCACUGGAAUGUACUGUGCAAUAAAUUAUGUCAACAAAUGA